AUGAAGUUUUUCACUGUUGCGGCCCUUGCGGCCACAGCGGUUGCCUACCCAGGCUCCCACGGCGGCAGCAAGAGGGAUCAUUCAGGUGUUUUCAGGCGCAUCAUUGAGAGGGCGGGUGAAAGACUGGCAGAGAGGCAAGGACCACCUGCCCAACCUGUGAUCCUAAUUGGUGAUCUGCAGCAGGCAGGCACUGGUGGUACUGCUACCAACGACCAGAUCAUGGGCUGUUUUAACUCGCCCAAUGGCGCUGCGUGCUUGUCAACGGAGACCUACACACCACCAACGAAGGACUCUGAAGCGUGCGCUGCAGAUACCUGCUGCAUCUGGUCUUACAUCAAAGACGAUCUCGUACCACUCUUUAGGGAGGCCGAUGGUACUUGCAGUGACAUAGCUCGUUCUGCUGUCCGUUUCGGUUUCCACGACGCCGCUGCUUGGAACACCGCCCAGACUACUGGUGGUGCUGAUGGUUCGCUUCUUCUGUCUCCAGAUGAGACCAAUCGCCCUGAGAAUGCCGGUCUGAAUGUUGCUAAGGCUGCUCUGCUUCCCAUCUAUUACAAGUACAAGAGCUACGGUAUCUCAGCCGCUGAUCUGGUCCAAUUCGCCCACAACGUCGCUGUCGUGGUAUGCCCUCUUGGCCCACGUUCACUGACCUACAUUGGCCGCCCGGAUUGGAACCCAGCGGAGGGCGAGGCUCCUACAGGCCUUCUUCCAUCUGCCACCGCUGAUGCCGAUACCAACUUGAACCUCUUCGCUGACAAGACCAUCGGUGAGGUCGACCUCGUUGCUUUGCUUGGUGCUCACUCCACCGCCAAGCAAUUCUUCUUUGACACCUCCAAGGCUGGUAUGCCUCUUGACUCUACUCCAGGUGUGUGGGACGUCGCCUUCUAUUCUGAGGUCUUGAAUGGCUCUGCCCCAUGCGGUGUUUUCCGUCUGCCUUCUGACGAUUUCCUUGGCGCCGACGCCUCCACCAUCGGCGGUUUUAGGGCCAUGUCCGCUGGUUUCCCAUCUGACACUGGUGCCGGUCAGAUUCUUUGGAAUGGCCUCUAUGCUAAGGCGUACCUUCGUCUCUCUCUUCUCGGCGUCGCUGGCAUCCAGGGUCUGACUGAUUGCUCAAAGGUCCUUCCCCCUGCCAUCUCUACCUUUGAGCAGCCACCAGACGCCAAGGUCACUUGUCCAGCUUCCAGCAGCAGCAGCAGCUCCGUCAUUCCCUCCUCAACCAAGUCCUUCAGCUCCUUCAGCUUCUUCCCCAACACCACGAGUCACAACAGUCACCCCACUCACCCAGCAUCGAACAGCCAUGGUGGUCACCCCACUCACGCGGGUUCGACUAGCAAGGGUGGAAAUGGUGGAAAGCCCACGGGUAGCUACGGUAAUGGAGGCUAUGGCGACGGUGGCUAUGGAAAUGGUGGCUAUGGUGACGGUGGCUACGGAAGCGGACCUAAGCCAACCUCGUCUGGAAGUGGUGGUUAUGGCCACGGCGACGGUCACUGGGGCUACUCCACUUCGACCAUCUACACGACCAAGACUAUCACCAUCACCGACAAGCACGGUCACCCGACUGAGACGUGCGUCACCGAGCCCGUUGGAACCACUACCUGGCCAAUCGAGGGUCCAAGCAAGACGACCACAAUUACAACGACGAAGACUUCAACCAUCACUAUGCACGGCGGCAAGGUCACGACCAGCACCUGGGAGGAGCCAAUCACAACUACGGUUUGGGACGACGCCUGGACCUGGGUUUCUCCAACUGUCACUGCUGCGGCUACCAAGCCAGCAACCUGCAAGGUCAAGACCGUCUCUAUCACCACCACUGUCUGGGCAUGA